UAUGAAAUCGAAUGCUAAUUAUAAGGAUAGAGGCUACGCUUGGAUUAUCGCCCUGAAUGCCGUCUGUAUUACCUUUCUUUCAUUGGGUUCCGCUAGAUCGUUUGGAGUAAUCAUAAGAGAGAUAAUCUAUACGUAUGGAGAACUUGGAGUUGGUGCAUCUUGGAUUAUGGCUGUAAAUGGUUUCUUUGCCAUGGCUAGUGGAAUUAUUUCGAGCUGUUUGAGUUCGAAAUUUGGUUUGGGCUUUGGUAUGAGCUAUACUAUGACUAUAAUCACCCUAAACUCCUACUUUACCAAGUAUAAGAGUUUGGCUAACGGAUUAGCGGUUGCCGGUACAGGAUGCGGCAGCCUUAUUUUUCCUUUAUUAUAUGACAAAUUACUGGCCAACUUUGGCCUCUAUACGACACUUAUCUGUAUAGCAUCAAUAAGCCUUCAGAUUACCGUCUUUGGGGCUUUUCUCCGUCCCUUUUCCUACUUUAGUGGGUCAGGGUUAAAAAUGAAAAAGACAACCACCCAAACUGACCAUCAACAGGACGAAAGCGAUAGCGAAGUUUCGGUUACUCUUUUUAGAAUAGUUUCCAAGAGCGAAUCCGAAAACGUUGUAGACGUCGACAAGAAUUGCAAAGGCGACGGCAACAACGACGGCCAAGAGGCGGUACUGGGGGAGAGAGGAAAGUCGAAAAGUUUGAAUUGCUUGUCGAAGAAUAAUAGGGGAAUGGAAAAUUUCAUUUUAGAUGGAAUUGGCGUUAAGAAAGUUGUCUCUCAGAGCGCGUCCAUCCGUAGAAAAAUGAGUUCGGUAGAGGCAAUUUCCUACGCCUAUAAGGCAGACGAAGAAGGAGAAAAAGAGCCCGGAGGUGGAAAGAAUUCUUCCACUGCCGGCAAACAGUUGUUUGAUGGGAAAUUAUUGAAAAAUUUUAAUUUUCUCAUUCUACUCUUGGCAAUGUCAAUGUCGAAUGCGGGAAACGCCGCAUAUUACGUCCUUUUACCCUCUCACGCAAAGGAUUUAAGAUUUAGCGAAUUUCAAGGCGCUUUACUAGUUUCAGUCGCCUCUUUAGCUGAUCUUUUGGGCCGUUUGAUAUUUGGAUUUCUAGGAGAUUUUCAUUGGUUUAAACUACAUACAGUAUUUUUUACAUCAAUUCUAUGCGGAGGUUUAAUAUCUUGUUUUCUAAUGCCAUUUUUAACGAAUUUAUGGUCAAUUCUGAGUUCAACUGCUCUUUACGCCUUCUUCUCCGGUUGUUUUUUGGCUUUUAUACCUGUAAUUUUGAUAGAAGAACUGACUUUACCUAAAUUUCCUACCGCCUUUCCAAUGGUCUUAUUCGGUCAAGGAGUUAUGUUGUUGUUGUAUUUUCCAUUUAUAGCCCUGAUUGGCGGUUGGGCGAUGAAGAAGAGGACUAAAAAUUCUCAAAGGCAAACAAACGACUAA